GCUUUGUUUUCAUCUUUGUUUUUCCUACGAAUGACGCUUUGCUGCCUCCUCCGACUAAAAGUGUGAUAUUUGUCAUGAAUAUUCAAGUGUAGCCGCAAAAUACUGAAUUUUUUACGUUUUCUUACUUGUUCUUACUCAUCUGAAAUAUUCAUGAGCGUGCGCCUCAUAUUAAUUUGUUAGUUGUGAAGUGACUUGAGUCUCUGCCAUCAUGAUAAAAUUCGGAAGCAGAAACGAUGUUAAUGCCGUUUAUAAGUGCACCGUACGUCUUCUGGACGAUACAGAAAUUUUAGAGUGUGAUUUUAAGGCCCAGCACAAAGGCAAAUAUUUGUUGGAUUAUGUAUGUGAGCAGCUGAAUCUUGUGGAGAAAGACUAUUUUGGCUUGCGUUAUGUCGACUCAAACAAACAACGGCAUUGGCUUGACCAGACUAAGGCUGUCUUGAAACAAGUGAAAGAUAUGGAUCCUAUUCUCCUCAGUUUCCGGGUGAAAUUCUAUCCGCCUGACCCUUUUCGAUUGAAAGAAGAAAUCACUCGCUACCAGAUUUACUUACAGCUGAAGAGGGACCUUCUACAUGGACGCCUUUAUUGUGCUCCCAAUGAGGCUGCUUUACUCGCAGCUUAUGUGGUUCAAGGGGAACUUGGAGAUUACGAUCCUGAAGAGCAUGUCGGUAAUUAUGUAAGUGAUCUAAAAAUAUUAUUAAAGCAGUCAGAACAAGUAGAGGAGAAAAUUAUGGAAAUCCAUCAAACUCAGCUCAGAGGACAGUCACCAACUCAGACUGAAAGCAACUUUCUUCGCAAAGCAUGCUCCUUGGAUACAUACGGCGUUGACCCGCACCCAGUGAAGGAUCAGCGUGGCAGUGAACUUUAUCUUGGUAUCAAUCAUCUUGGGAUCUUGACCUUCCAAGGCAGCCGAAAAACAAACCAUUUCCGUUGGACAGAAGUGCAAAAAAUUAACUAUGAAGGCAAAAUGUUCAUAGUGCACUUAACAUAUAAUGAAGAUCCCAGGACCAAGAAGAAGCAGACAGUUGGGUUUAAAUGUGCCACAGGCGCAUCUUGUAAACAUGUUUGGCGCUGUGCAGUAGAACAGAUGUUAUUCUUUACCUUACCAUCUAGCUCUGAUGCCCCACAUGUUGUAACUGGAGGGAGUAUAUUCUCGUUUGGAACCAAGUUUAAAUACAGUGGUCGUGUUGAGCGCGAAAUCCUAGAAGACUCAACUCCAACACGCCGCGAAGAACCUACUAUCAAUAGAGUUGGUUCACUUCGUCGGAAGGCAUCCAGUGUCCCUGCAACUCCAUCUACUCCUGUGAUUGCUGAACUUGGUCACAACAGUCUACCUCGGUCAAAUUAUUCCGCUGAUUCACGUCUUGACUCCGGCAAUUAUCCCUACUCUCCUGAAAAUACUCUUCCCUUAGAAACAGUGUCGGAGGAUCAAGAAAUAGCGGGAAAAUCCCGAGUUGAUGGAGUAACGUCCUCUGAAAAAGUGCACGAUCUGCAUGAUAAUCACGUAGAUAAAAAAGCCAAAGAUGGCGAGUCUAAUUUUGGCGACUACUAUUAUCGUGAUGGAAUGGAUCAGUCCUCCUCAGAACUAGCUUCGCAGUCACACAGGUCUAGUCGAAGUCAGACGCCUGUUUCCCGUGGGAACAAGAAUGCAACUAGCGCCUUCCGCUUCCACAUAUCAUCUGCUCCCAAAGGCAGCAAGAUCCUCAAAUUCCUUCGAGUGGUUAUUCCAUCGAUAUUAAUUGUUCUCCUCUUCUUGUUUCUCAUGGUGGUCAUCAUCUUGGAGACAGACUAUGAAGUUCUGGCAAUGCUGAGACGGGCGCCAGAAAUGAUCAUGAUCAGGCGGAGGUAUUAUGAACCUGCCAAAGAAUUCCUCAAAUCAAGAUUCCUCUCAUACACCACGGACCUCAUUCCAUCUUAAGUUUACUCAUGUACCUUCUCCCUGUACCCUAUUUUUCCUUUCCCUUCUUAUUAGCACUCAAAUAUGAAGGAUGACUGCAGAGGUUUUAUCAUAAAACCUUUUACAAUUUACUUAGGUAUUUCCUUUUUUCAUGAAGGUGCAACAAACCAGCUUUUUCAACUCUCAGAGGUAUGUUUGGUGAAAAAAUAAAAGACGAUAUUUGUUAUGAAGUUUCCUUUAAAUAAACCUUCUUUGUUUUUAAUGAGAAAUAGGUACUAAAGAACAUGCAUAAUUGAUCAGGAUUUUGUAUGAUUACAUGUUUAAGUCAAAAAUAUUCUUAUUUGUUUUCACUUAUAAUCAUGUGCCUCUAAGUAUAAUUUUUCCAUAAAUUUUUGAGGAUAACAAAUUCAUUGUAUAAGUAUUGUGCUAUUAUUCUUAUUUUAAGGACAAUUGCUCUUUUCCAAGACUAUCAGCUGGUGCCAUGUAUAAGUCAAUUUCUACAAUCAGCGCCCGGUAAAAACGAGAUGCCUAUGUUUCUUAGUCAGGUUUAUCCUCAAGAACAGGUUCAGGAAAAUUAGAGCAGGCGUAUGUAGUGUAUGAAUUGCCCUCUGUCCUAUGCUAGGCCAUUCAGAACCUUUUAUGCAUUUAUUUUUUAUGAGCUAUGUCAUCCUUCCAUACUUUGUACAAAAUGUGCGCAGAUUGUUGGCAUUUUUCUUUGGUAUUUUUUCAAUUUCUAUUUUUUGUUUUUUCUUCUCUUGAGUUUUUCUCUUCGGCAUUUCUGUACCUAUUAACUAUUAGUUUUUCCUACUUUUCUGGGCAAGAAGUGCUGAGCAUUUUUGUUCACUGCAAAGACUUAUUUAUUUAGCAUUAUUUUUAGGUUUUAAUUUCAUUUGUAUACUUUCCUCUCUUUUUUUUCUUCAAUUUUGGAGGUGUUUGGAUUUAUGCGUGCUUAGCUUGCAGAUGUAUGAAUAGUAAUCAUUUAUUUAUUGAUCAUAGAUUUAUAUUUAUAUUCUUUAUACUCUUAAAUUAAGUUAAAGCAAUGUCAUCAGAAAUUUUUCUCCACAGACACAUAUUGUAGCUUGUAUGUUUUAUUUAUUUAUUUAUUUAUUUAUUUAUGUUUUACUAUUAAUUCAUUUUUUUGUAAAAUAGAUUCAAUUAUGGAUUAAUGGAUUCAAUCCAGUCCAUACUUUGGGAUUUGAAAAAUGGUACAGUCUCGUUUUGUCAAACCAACAGAGAGUUCUAUUUUUUAUUUUUGCAAUUUUUUUUUCAUUCUGACUAAAUUCAGUAUCAUUUCAAUAUUUAUCCUUACUUUUGAUCAAAACGGUUACCAAAGUAAGAUCUAAAAGCAAUGUCCAAGUGCAUAAAAUAAAACAAAAAAAAAUGUCAGUUUUGAUUCCUUAGGAGUAUUUUUUUAGCUGCUGUGGUUUAAAGUUUUUGUCUUUACUCAUAUGCCACGCAUGUUUUUGUAAUAUAAUCUGUAACCUUGCAAGAUAAUCAGUGAACUCGUUCCUUAUUGAUCCCUGUGAAACUUAAAUUGAAAUACUACAUUCCUAAAAAUACAGUUUCUCGCCAGUUAGUUUAUUUUUAUUCUCAGAGAAUUUAAUGUUGACAAUCAGUUAUCAACAGAGUCGGUAAUUUUACCUCAAAUUUUACAUUUUGUGUUUUUUUCCAUGUAUUAUUAUUGUUGACGGUAGUUCAGUGCAGCUAUAGAAUUGUCUUUUGUUUUAUGUUGUAUGGAUUUAGUUAAAGUUCGAAUCUUGUAAACCAAAGGAAACCAAGCCAAAUUUUUUCCAAAAUUUUAAGGAAUCAGAAAAAAAAAAUUCUCAGCUUAUAAAUGACGUCUAUUCUCUUACUUACAAUAAGUUAAGAAAUAGCUAUUCUCUUUGAAGUUGUUUCUAAAGUUUGUAUUUUUUUCCCACAUGCAACAAGACAGUAGUUCCUCAAUUGGAAUCGAGAAAAAUGAUAGAGAAUCGAUCAGAUCUUAGUGAUGAAUACCUAAGGGGUUUUCAAGUCAGUCGACUGUUUUAUAUCAAGACUUAAAAUUCUCCAAGUUCUCCUCAUUAGUCCUCUCAACCCAAACCAUUGAAAUGGAUGGAUGUAAAAAAGACCUAUAAGUUUUGUUGCAGCUUAUAUUUUUACUACCUCCAAGGGAUUAAUGUUCCUUAAAUCCUGAACUUUUGGAUUUUCUCCUUUUUUAUUUGUACCUUUCAUGCAUUCUAAAAAUCAUUCUAAUAAUCUUUGUACCAUUCCUUAAUCAGUCAUUGACUGUGAAAGCGGGUUUUACUUACCAAUCAUCACAAUGUUCCAUUCCAUAGUAUUUUAAGUGAAUUUUAACUUUUCCUGCUUGUUUUUUUUUUUCAUUGCAUCACAUUGCUGAAGUUGCUCGAAUAUUUUGGAGCUCCAGAUUUGUUUUUUAAAUUUUGAGCAAGUACAUGGUUUUAAAAAAAAUAAUGCUUAAAAUUGAAGAUUUUAAAUUUUUCUCUAUAUAUAUACAAUGAUAAUAGCCAUUUACCUUUCCAAUUUUUUUAUGACGUAGUUUUUGUAUUUAUGAAAUGAGCUGUAUUCAGAGUUUUAAUUUUUUUUUCUUCAGCAAAAAAUUCACCAAUCCCUUUACCUUACGAAAUCAAUGUAUAUUUGUCAUCUCAAUCCCAGAUGGAGAAGUAAUAUAAAAAAACUUUGCAAUAAUGAAAACCAAAGACUUGCAUGUAAGUAGCAUAUGCAUGUAUUUUAUCCCUAAUCAUUGAAACAAGUAGGUUUAGCUGUUAAAUUAUUUUGAAUGACUGUACCAUUUGUGUGACAUCAAAGGAAAGUCGUAUUUUUGGACGCAUCAGGCAUGUAUAUUGAGAUGAAUUUAUUGUAUUUCCAUUGAUCAUUGAUUUUCUUUGUUUUCUGAUGUAAAUUAUUAUUUAGUUUUUGAAAUAAUUUCUGUGUGGUAUUGCAAAUAAAACGGGAAUAUAUUUGAACAUUUUAA